CAAAAUUGGCGAAUCCCAUCAUGGUUGACGUUUGAACAUGUGGGACUGGCCCCGAGAUGGGGCUAGCAAACGGCGGUCCUCCGAAUCUAGGUCUAUAACUAGAAUAUCUUGCAAUUUCUGGUGAGCAAUAUUCGAGCCUAGAGACGAGGAUAGUAACUAUAGGAAGAUUGAGAUUUGUACUCUUUGGAAGACAUGCUUUUAUGUUUUUAUUCUGUUGAAACUCGAAGUCUUUGCUAAAUUAACUUAGCGCUUAGGCCGAGCAGAUUAAUUAACUAUGCUUUAGCCUGAAAGAGAGGAAAGGGAAAGGGGGGCCAUUUUCUUUCUGUCAGGGGCUAUAUUUCGGGGAUGAGACGAGAGGAUGUAGUGGUUUAACCAUCUAGAGGAGAUUCUAUCAGGACUGUACUCUGUAUGGGGAAUAGAGAUGUAGAUGUAAAACUGCCAACACUCCCCAGGCGCAUUUCAGAAUCGAGUCUGCUUGAAACUGUUCCCGCCAUCAGCGUAACCAGCGUCGUCGUCGUUGAGAAUGAGACCGACACACAGACAAGGCGAUUGUCAGACCACGGGGCGCCACGCUAUGAAAUUGGUCAUGGAGUUGAUGAAAUAAUACCUCCAGGUUACAAAGUGCCCCAUACCUCCAGCAGGACUAGAGGAAGUCCCCCUGGGUAUCCAUAUCCAUUGUCCGUGCCAGAUGCCAUCCAUCCAAUCCAAUAAUCCCCUUGUUGUGCCCAAAUGCCCCGACUAAACAACAGCUCAUCCGCUGCAUUUUCAGUCAUUUUUCGACUUCCCGCCCAGAUCCAGGCGUGCGGAGUAUUUCUGGCAUUUUCAUUUAUAGUUCUGACCUACAGCGUAGUGAUUUACUGUGUACUGUUCCUUGGAAUACUCCUUGCUCUCCUGAAUGUUCUCCCUCCAGCAUCCCCAUCCCCAUCCCCAUCCCCAACCCCAACCCCCAUCCCCAGCCGUGUGUCGUAGUCCGCUCCCGCCAGGCCAGGCCCACCCACGCAAUGCGCCUGGAAGCUGUUUCUUCCAACUCCAACUCCACCUCGACAAUUACUGUGACCGAGUCUGCUAACAGCAAACAUGACAAAGAAUGGAUGCGCUCUCGCAGACUGACUGAUCCUUUGACCAGCCAGCCUGUAGAGGCACCGCAUGUAGACCGUCGUUCGUCGGAUUCUACCACUCGCCUCUUGCAGACUCCGAAAUCAACCGCCAACUUGGCUGUGUAUACCGGCAGCAGUAGCAAUUCCUGUCCCAUCAGCUCUGCCAGUCUAUCUGAUCCUACGCUCGCCUGUUUUUCUCCGCGCAAAAUAAAUGCCCUGAAGCCUCCUCCUACACGGACCACGCCAACCAGCAUCCCUACCCUACUGUUGCAGACACCCCGGACCCAGACAACUCGUGACUUGGAUAAAUUAUCCCCAUCAUCUGCCAACAACAUUUCCGCAAUAUCCUCCAGCACCCCUACAACCGCCUCUUCUUCUACAACAUCACACUCGCUAAAACCUCAACCCAACGUCGAGCCAAAAUCCCCCCAUCAGAAAAGGUCUCCCGCGUCUCGCAGUUCGUGCGGAAUCGAAACGUCAACCGGCCCGCCGCCUGCGCUUUCCACACAACGCUCGUUGUCCUACGAUAAAUCCCGCCACAAUACAAAAUCAAAAACAACAUCGACGUCAGCAACACCUUCUUCUUUCCACAGACCAAGAUCUUUUGGGGGUACUGCAAGAUCAAAAACCAAACUUCAACCUCCUCGUCCGGCAUCUAGCAUUGAUGCAGUCUUGAAACCAGACACGUCCCCUGCGACAGCCGGUGAAUUGCGACAGCGCGCGACUCUACCAAUUGGAUCAAGCACAACUACGAAGCGGGAAAAAGCCAAUAUGACUCUCUCAGCCACGCGCCUGGGUGGAAGUUUUUUGGGUGGCAGCAGUCGUGAACGGGGCCAUCAGAGCACAAGCAAUGGGAAUACGGACACAAGCAGCAAGGAGUCUCUUGCCGAGGAUGGCAAGUCCAAAAAUGAAGACAUUUUCUUGAAUAUUGCGAAAGCAAAUUCCAUCCGCCGCAGUUCAACAACGAAGACUGAAAGGAAAAGGUCUAAAUUUGGUCUCUCCGGCCUGUCUUCACGUACGAGUCAAGCCAAUGAGGAGGUUCCUUCUCCCCAGACUCCCCGGUUCGACUCUGAUCAGGUUACACCGUCACGCUCUCAGGACGACUCCCCUUCACUGGGACUUGGCUCUUCCUCACUUCGAUCCCCUAUCGCGUCUCAACAUCCAGUGGAUGAGAAAAGUCGACUUCGAUACUUUGGUGUUAGCGCAAGAUCAUCUAUUGGUCUUCCUCGGAGCAGACUCACUCGUACAAGCCAGGAACCGUCCCCCGAAUCUUCUACGAAUUACACUAUUGAAAGACGGGGUUCCAAUGCCCAGGAACAAGUGCAAGGCCAGUCGCGCACAUACAGACAAUCUAAUCUAUCUACUAUGCGAACCACCCAAAAUUCCUCUACCGCGGACACAGUAGCCGAACGAUCUAGGUUAGAAGCAGAAAGAUCGAGGCUGGAUGGCACAGAAUCAACCCUAUCUACAACUGCCCCGUCUACCGUCUGGGAUGAGUUAGAUGACUUGAAGUCUAGAAUUCGUAAAUUGGAGCUGACGGGGAAAUUACCACCGUCAUCUGCCGCUGCAAUGUCUAGUGUUUCUGGUGAAAGGCCCCGCACUGCAACGACGACAGUGACCACACUCUCUUCUUCCCCAAAACAUGGUCGAAAAACGACGUCUCCACCACCAGAACCGGAAUCAGGCGCUGCAGCAGAUCAAGUACACCCUUUACUUAACACAGCUUUAGCGAAAGCCAAACCCAUACUGAAUGCCGAUGUGUAUCGCGCGCUUGAAGCAACAGCAACAGACGCCUUAACAUUGGCUACUAUUCUCAGCUCCAACGCGCCACAGCACGGAAGUGGUAUGUCCGUUGUUAAUGGAGCGAGUGUUUCAGAGCGGCAGGUGCGACGAAAGGCGGACAGCUUGUGCCGGGGUUUAACAGAGUUGUGUUUGGUAUUGUCAGAUCAGCAGUGGGAAUCUAUGCUGAAAACAAGACCGGGUAGUCCAGAGGUGACAUCUAGCCAGUACCGAAGGGAUGGAAUUGUAGAUAGGGAGUCGAUAACGCCGACUAUCGCAUAUCGUCGAAGCGCCAGCCAUGAGCCAGAGGACAUUCACCGUGGUAAUACUCCCACAAUGCGACUGGCAGCGGGCAGUCGUUUGGAGACGCGGCGAGCAAGCAUCCUUAGUCUGAGUACAGGACCUACACCCAGCCGAAACAACCAGGAACAAACAAACCAGCUUCCUCCAUCCAGCCUUUCAACUCCUCCAAGCCGUCUCAAUCGUUCUUCUAUGACACUUCGUAACCGAAGAUUGCAAGGUGAAGAAGAACCUGACGACAAAGCGUCUGUUGUCUCCCGUCCUAUUUCCCGAGCAAUGACUGAGAUCAACGCCGGGACAACUCGUUAUUCACCUAGAGAACGACGCCAUUCGCGCGAGUAUACUUCCAAUCAUCCGCUCCCGGAUCAACAGCACGUGUUACAGCAGCUAUCCCCCCCACAACAGCAUACCGAUCAAUCCCACUCAACCCCUCAAGCCCAGUCAAAUAUCCCAAUGCGCAGGAAUUAUGGUACCCCAGGUACGAGCCUUCCAACAACCACGCACACGAAUAUCCAGCCUGGAUUCCGAAGAUACGGCGCAGCCUCUUUAAAUACGGGUACCAAAUCUGCGGAAGGCUCACCGAAAGACCCUAAUUCCGCAGGGACCGGCUUGGGCUCUAAAUAUACCGGUUUACUCCAGUUACGGCCUAGAACAAAUAGUACAGGAAUGCGGAGAAUAAGCAUUAGACACCGUCCGUUCGCCUCGACUGAUGGUGAUAAUGAACUUGAUUGAUAAGACCACCUGAUUAUUGAAUUUUGCGUGUUAACUGGCGUUUGACAUUUCAUCCUUUUGAUUUUAAUUCUCCGCAUCGUUUAUCGGAGUACAUGGAACAUUUUGCUACACGCGUGCAUCCCUCUCUGACUUGCUCAGAAGUCAGUUUUGCUUGUUUUCUAACCCCUCUUUUUUUUUCUCAUCCAUGCAUACUAUUAAACGAUCAUGAUUUUUGCCUGUCUGAAUUCUAUUUCAAUCCUUUCUUUCGUCUCAUCGCUUGUUCCUGUUGAUGGGUCAUCGCUGGAACGAAGAACCUUUUUCAGGCUUGGUAAUGACGCAAUUAAAUGAAGCCUUAGGCCCCAGCUCCCUCAUCCAUUUCCCUUUUUCUUGUGAUGGUAUCCUGAACGAGGGAUGCCAAACAACCGAACAUGCGCUCAUAUUCAAGAUACAUUGCUUCCCGUCUCAUAGAGAUCUAUAGAGAUUGUACUGUUUGUCCCUUUUAUUCCACCAACGACACACCCUUGAGAUAUUCAUUUUGUCCGUUUCUCAGGUGAUUUUGGUUUCUUCCUUUUCAAAUUUUAGUUACCUAUUUCAGAUCUACCCCUGUUUCUCACUUGUAUUUUUUGCUUACACACAUACCUCUACAUUUUUUAUGACUUCUUGUAUUUAGUCAUUUUUCUUGUAUUGACACUGGAUUUCCUUUCUCCCUGUAGGACAGACCACCCUGGCUCAAAGCCAGUUGCGGCGGGGAAUUUCGUCCAAUGUAUGUACAGGUUCUUUUUGAAGAGAUACAGCCUGCUGUUGAGUCUUACUGUUUACAAUGAUAUUCCAUUUGGCGCUGUUUACUAUCAACCGACUUAGCCUGAGCCUGGCUUUAAUCGUUGCUUCAAACCAGAUCACACUGUCCGAUCUUUCCUCGUCUAAGCAACCAGCAGCUCCUCUCCAUACUGGUCUAGAAAGGCCCCCACGCAUUUGAUAAACCUGUCAACAUCACCCUCUGUCGUCUCUAACGUCAAAGCCAUGUAGCCCCUCAUAGCAAGAUAAACAUUCUGGUCCAGCAUAUGGUGAUAAAACAGCGCCUGCCACGCUUCUGCAGCAUCUCCAGUAAACCGCACGGUUAUCAGGCUCCCAUACCCACUUAUAAACAUUCGUGGAAGGGUCUUGGUCUCCCCCUCCCGCUUCUCUCGAUGAAACGUAUCGACCUCCACAAACCCAAACCCUCCACUUAACUCACCACCCGUCCUUACAUGUUCACCGAUAAUUCCCCGAUCAGCAAGCAUACUCCAAACUCCGCCUCUCAAUCUAUCCCCCAAAGCAUUAAGCGCCUCAACUCUUUCCCUCGUAUAUAUGCCCAGGCCUUCGAAUCCGGCCACCAUCGUCAAUAUGUUAUUAUUAAAAGUCCCGGCAUGGCUCAAUCUCCCUUUCCCUCUCCCCUUCCCCUCCCCCGGACCUGCAGGUAAAUACAACUCCAUAAUCUCCCUCCUGGCCCCGAAUGCCCCGAAACUCAUCCCACCACCAACCCAUUUCCCCAACGUCAUAAUAUCAGGGUUGAUACCCAAAUACCUCACACAUAAUCCCGCAGGUCCCAGUCGGGACGUCAUCACUUCAUCAGCGAUGAGGAGCGCGCAAUGCUCGUCCGCAACCUGCCGUAGGAAGCUAGCGAAUUCCUUCGUGGCGGUCCGACAGCCGCCGGCGCCUUGCAUGGGUUCGAAGAGGAUUGCAGCAAGGCUAUUGCUUGGAUCGAGGGAAUCGAUAAUUGCCCUCGUCUCCGCGAUGUUAUUGUAUGGCGCCAUGACGAAGUCGUGUGGGAGAUUCGUGGCUGCGGGGCCUGCGGUGCCGCCGCUGCUCAUCACUCCGCUGCCUUGAUCGCCAUUUCCGCCGACAAGGCUCAUCGGAAACGUAAGUGUUGCGCCAUGGUAUGCGUUGCUGAAGACGAGGAUUUUAUUCUUCGUGCUACUCGUCCUCGUGCCAUCGUUCCCGUUGUCACUACUAUUAACAAACGCCAAAGCCGUCGCAAUCGCCAUUGUAUUCGCCUCCGUCCCCGAAUUCGUAAAUCGCACCAUCUCCACCCCAGCCUCCUUGAAGCGGUCACACACACGCGCCGCAAAAGCACACUCAUGCACGCUGAUGCCGCCGAAAUUCCAUCCACCUGUCAUGGCGGUUGAUAUAGCAUUGGCUAUACGCGCGUUGGAGUGGCCGAAUAGGCCAGCGCUAUAUUCUCCGAGUAAAUCAGUAUAUGUGUGUCCGUCUAGGGAGGUGAGGGUGCCAGUUUUGCCAGAGGCGAUGGUGAGGGGGAAUGGGGUAGAGAAAAUUGAGGAGCGGGUGUUUCCGCCAGGCAGGUGUUUGAGGGCUUCCUGGUGGGCGGCGUAGGAUCUGGGGUUGCGGGUUUUGUAGCGGCUAUGGGAGGCGUGGAGGCGGGUGGUUAGUGGGGAUAUCAUUGUUGUUUUAGGAUUUUCUUUCUCUUUUCUGCUGUGUGAUAUUUUGCCCGGGCGCCCCCGGGGGGGGGGGGGGUUAUUUAUUUUAUUCCUGGUGCCUAUACCCGUUCCGUAUUUGAAGUAUGUAAGUUUCCUGUAGUAGUGGUGGGGUGAAGAUUAGAAGAUUAUCUAUAUAGAUGUGUAUUCCAUGUUGUUCCAGUAAAAUGAUAGUUCUAAAGGCAUGGAAAAGCGACGGGAGAAGAUCCAACGGGCGGGGAAGCUCCAGUCGUGCCGAUCUUGGGCGCCAAGUCGAACAAGUGACAAAAUAUAACAGGCCAUAAAUUUAUAUAUUUGUAUAAUGGAGAAUAAUUCCAUUGCGGAACUCUCGGCCAAGAUGA